AAUCAAACAUGUGAGAAUCGCAACACGCAACUCUCUUCUUUAAAUCUCAAAAACCAAUUAAACUCCCCCAACCCAUCUAUCGGGAAAGAUGGAGCCUUUGAUGGAAGACGAAGAGUUCAGUAUUAGGGAAGUGGUGUUGCCGUCGCUGAUCCCGGUCGUGCCGGAGCCGGAGCUAGAGAGGGAGGACGGAGAGAGGAGGAGAGGGAGAGAUGUAAUCAUAGCCGUUGAUCAUGGUCCCAACAGCAAACACGCUUUUGAUUGGGCUCUCGUUCAUUUCUGCCGCCUCGCCGACACCAUUCACCUCGUCCACGCCGUCUCGAGUGUUAAGAACGAUGUUGUGUACGAGACGAGCCAAGCCCUCAUGGAGAAACUCGCUGUUGAGGCCUUUCAAGUUGCCAUGGUGAAGAGUGUGGCUCGUGUUGUUGAAGGGGAAGCAGGUAAAGUAAUCUGCAAGGAAGCAGAGAGAUUGAAGCCUGCGGCUGUAAUCAUGGGUACCCGAGGCCGGAGCUUAGUAAGAAGUGUGCUACAAGGGAGUGUAAGCGAGUAUUGUUUCCACAAUUGCAAAUCCGCUCCUGUCAUUAUCGUUCCUGGGAAAGAAGCUGGAGACGAAUCGAUUGUAAGUUGGACAAAAUCAGGAGAUCCUAAACCCUGAAGAAAAAAGAGCUCUCAAGUCUCUUUGUACCUCGUAUCUUUCUCACUGUAGUUGAAGUCAUUGUUUCAGAAUGUGUUGUAGAACCUUCAAGUAAUUUUUUUUUUUUUUUUUGUUAUUCUUCUUCUUCUCUGUAUUUGUGUGUUUUGAUGUGUUUUGUUUGUAGUUUCAAGUUCGUGUAUAAAAAAAAACAUUUGUUAUGUGUA